AUUCAACAUUUGUCCAUGGAAACAAGACGCAAACAGGCGAAGAAUUGGACAUGAUUCUAAGUUUUGGGGAAGUUGAUGAGGAUUGGUGAUGGAGAUCGACAGCCUGUCUCGGCCCCUGCUUUUCCCCUGUGCUGAUAGAGUCAAGGUACCACAGGUUGGGUCUGAUGAAUCCAAGCUCAAGAGCCACUUCUCCUUCCUAUCACAAAGUUUGCCUCCAACCCGCACCCAAGAUGCGCAGGGCAAAAUUCACCAAGACUAUGUGAAGAAGAUAAGUACCGAUCUACUUUUCAGCGAGGCAGUAAUACGCAAGCAUGCCGCUCACACACUUCCAUACAACAAGGUAGACCUGAACGGGACUUUUGAUUCUAAAGGAAUUGUGAAGAAGAAACCUUUGAAGAAGAUUGGGUCUGUUGGAAGGCAUACCCAGCAUGGAUAUGAAAAGAAACAUACCCCUUGCCACAUCACCACGGUAUCAGAACACAAGCUCAAGCCACUCCAACCCAAGAAGAAAAAGAUUAUUCCUGACAGAGAUGAUGAGAUUGUGUCCGAAGCUGGAACUGUCCUCAAAGGGAAGAAUGCCUUCCUCACUGAAACUGAACAAGAAAAUGAAUUAGAAGAGGAUGCAGAGAUCAACUCUGAUUCACAGCAGAAUACAAAGACUAGACCAAAGGAGUCUGAGAAUUGGGACUCUCACGUCUUGAUGAACCUGAGCAAAGCAACAGCUAGAUGGAUCGUCAAUGAGCGCACACCUCAAGGUCCCCAGAAGGACAGACUCACUAAGCUACUGGUUGAGAAGUUUGGAGAGGCCUCUCAGCUGGAUACUCUGAUCCGAGAUGACACCAGCGUGAGUGAGACAGGGGUAGCUGAACAGCCUGAACAAAGAGCAGAGAGUAGAAGCUCAAAGAAACAGAAAUCAGCGGUUUCUGAGGCUAGAAAAAAUAGCAGUGAAAAGGAGAAGAAAGAAGGAGAGGAAGGAGGGGAAGACGAAAAUGAUGAGGAAGAUGUAAAUACACAACCUUUAGCAUCAUUCUAUCGUCUGCCAGGGGGAGUCAGGAGAAAACAUAGACAGCUUGCCAUUGAUAGUCUAGGUGCUAUCAACACGACUGCUCAAGACAUCCAAGUAUUCCGUCGUAAGCCCAAGCCUCCUCCUACCCUCAAGGAUGUAAUGAAUCCUGCUAUCGGUGAUAAGAUGCUGGAUACACACAAUCAGUUUGAACAAGAGUGGUUACUUGGUGCACAGGUGAUUCAUCAGCCUAGUGAUUCAAAGCUCCACCUGGAUUCUGGGAAUGUGUAUCAGGUCUCGACACGGAAGAGCUUCCCUCAGGACCCUGUGUCUUGGCACACAGAGAGCAAGAAGAAAACAAAAGAUAGAAAGAGCAAGAAAGAUAGAGAGAAGAAGAAGAUAGAUAUGCCUCAGCAUGGAUACAAAAAGUGGAAUAAACUUCCAGAACCAAUGCAGGAGGAGCUGAUGGAUAUUCAUGAAGCAGGCUAUGAUGCAGAGGCUCAUAGAGAACCAGAUCCAACAACAUUCAAGAGACACAAAGAAAAUCCAUCGCUAGUACAACUAGUUGAUGAAUGGAGAAAUAAAUGGCACCUUGGCAGCAAGUGGUACGACAGCUCCAUCAACGACCUUGAAAGAGACAUGAAUGACAUUAAUGAGCAUGUGAGAUUACAGGCCAUAGCAACCAUCGCUAAGGCAGCUACAUUCAGACCGCCUGAUGAACCUGGUAGCGUCUCUAUUUCAAAGCCUUCCAACCUCAAAAGUCGGCUUACCGGAAUCUUUACUAAAGUAGCGAAAGAUGCUACUUCACAUGGUGUGCUCCCAGCCAAACUCCUAACAUGCGUUGAGAAGUCUCUUUUUGAUCCCAGUCCGAGAGUUUGUGUGACUGCUGCCAUCGCUCUGUAUACACUGAACAGGCCAAAUGAAGAGCCACCAUAUGAGCAGGCAAGAAAGAUCUUGAAGGAUGUGAUUAAGGGUGGUAGUGGUCCUGAGCGCUGGGCAGCAGCACAAUGUCUGGCUCAUGCUGGCGUCUGUGACUCCUUCGUAGUCGGUGAGUUAGUCAAGCAGCUCUUUGACUCUGAGAACAUGGUCAAGCAUGAGCAGUGCAUCCGACUCCUGACUAACCUGAGUCGAGGGUCAUCCAUCGUACAUUCCAUGGUCGCUGAGCAACUCAACAGUACCAGCUGGAGACAUCGUAUCGUGGCCUGCCGAACCUUUCCACGACUCUAUGGCACUAUCAAUAAGGACAUCACUCACAAGCUGAGUAAUCUGAUGUGGAAUGACUGGCAUCGUGAGGUCCGAACCACUGCUGCUCAGACCCUGGGUCGUACUGGACAUGGGAAGGAUGUCCAUGAUGAUCUUAGGGAUAGGUUACUCAACGGCAGUGAGAGGGACAGGAUCGAUGCACUGCAGAAGAUUGGACAUCUAGGUAUCAUGACAGCUAGACUCCUGCCAUCUUAUCUGAAAUGUUUUGAUGACCCCUACAUCGCUGUAAGAAUAGCCACCACUGAGACGGCCAGUAAGCUGGAACUCAAGGAUCAUGAUGUCCUCAUGAAGCUGCUCUUCUUGACGGAGUUUGACAGCAAUUGGAAGGUCAAAGCACAUGCUCUCAAAGCUCUUGGCAACAUAGGUGAAUCUAACAAGCACAUAGAGAGUGCUGUACUGUGGGCUCUAAGGUUUGAGUCCCAGGCUGGUGUGCGGGCAGAGGCUUGUCAGACGAUGAUCAAACUAUCCAUGAAGGAUCCCGAGAUCCCCGCUCUGCUCCAAGAAAAACUCCUGGUGGAGCCGGAUCAGGUGGUCAGAGAGCAACUUGUAAUAGCCCUGGAAUCGUUUGGAGUGAGUGCCACUGGUGAUAUGGAGAUGGUUCAACAGAUCAAAGAUGAAGUGAGACGUCUAUGCACACGCUAUAAUAUCGCUGCUAAGAUCACUCUCAACGAAGAGAGAGAGGACCUUGCACACCAGCACAAACGCUUCUUUGAUUCUUCACCCGCGCCCAGUGAACUUGUGAAAUCUGAUGUGUAUGUGCCCAGUCCAUCUACAACACGCCCCUCUACCAAGCACAGUACACGGACUAUCACCCCAUCCAUCUACAUCAGUAUCGAUGAUGACUAUCGGCCUGGAGCUGAGACUCCAGAAGUUGAUCUUCCAAAGACACCGGGAAGCACCUUCGCUACCGAUCUCAUGGGUAACCGACUCAGUCCCGCACAGCAAGGCAGUCGCCCUAACACCGGUAACACCCUAAGCAGAACCACACCCGCAGUGACUCCCACGGGCGUGGUUAGGACCACGUCGGCCGGAAGACGUACUCCUGAGGAGCGGCUGAACAAGCUGAUUGAGGUUUAUGAGGGAAGUGCAUCCUUGGCCCAGUACCAGGAGUUUAAACAAGGAGAUCUGGGUGUCAUGGACGAUGGGAAUGUGCGGAAGCUGUCCCAGAUACCGGAAGCACCGACGGAGGAGGUUUCUGGCGACAUCACCGGUCAGAGCAAAGUGUUGGAGGAGGAUGAAGGGAGCAAUGAUGUUUUCCACUCUGAUGUGGUGGAAUCACGUCUUGAUCAGACGGUGAUGGACAAUGUGGAUGUUCCUCUGAUGGGUGGUGAGGUCAUGAUACCAUACCCUCGGAAGAACCGCUGGAAAAACAGCGCUAAGGAGAAGCAGGAGAAUGAUGACGAUGAUGAUGAAGAGGAGGACAGCGAGGAAUACGAGAUGGACGAUGACUUGGAGGACGAUGAGGAAGAAGAGCUGAAGAAGUCAAUCCUUCGUCCGACUCCUGAACCAGGGUCGGUCAGUCGUAUGACGUCAGGGACUCGUAAAGAUGACUCAAGACCACCUUCUAACUGAACGCAUCCUCAAUCAACAUUGGUGACUCACUAACUUAGGAUGAUAUGUCUCUAGCUCACCAAUUGUCAUCUACUAUUCAAACUGAAGUCAAUAUGUAGUCUUUACUUAGUCUAUUUUUUGAAGGUGGGUGUCCAUGUGGGAGAUUUUCUGGAUCAAGAUCACCUUCAAACUGAAUCAAACCAUCUUCCAAAAAAUUAAUGACUUUUGAUAUCUCUAACCCACCAGCUAUCAUGUACUUUUUUAACCUAACAUUAGUCUAUCUUGAUGAGUCUAUUGUUUUGAAGUGGUUUUUCUGAAUGUGGGUUUUCUGUCAACCUUAUUGCAGAGGAAAUAUGAAAUCUAAAAAAACAUCUAGUGAUCAAAUAUGAGUAUUAUAGAGCAAACUUGAGUGAACAUAUUGGACAAAUUGUCAAUAUCAGGGAGCAUUUUGUAAAAAGACAUUUUCUGGUGUGUUUAUAGGAAUAAUAUAUAGUUUACAAGUGGAAUAUGAAAUUUGAUGUGUGAACCAUGCCGGCCUUUGAAUCAAUGAUGUUUCAAACAAUUAUGCAAACGUAAUCUCAGUGUACUAAUCACUUCCGUCCAUGGUUCUUGAACUGAUCAAAAUCUCAUCUUGAAAAUAGUAUUCAUGAAGUCAUUAUGCAAAUCUAGCAUUAUCAUUAAAUGUGAACCAUAGUACAGUAUGAAUCAUAACUUGUAAGUUCUUGCUUGUCUUCCUUUGACUUUGUGCAGACAUCUAUGGAUAUAUAUUUUAGGGGAAUAAACUCAAGAAAUUGAAUUUCAUGUUGACACUCUGACCAUGUUUACAAAUGUCUGGUGCAAGUUGGCGGAAUAUACAGUCCAAAUUUAUUGUCUUUAAAUUUGUGGACAAAGAAACAGAUCUAUCCAUAACAGACAUCAUGAACUGUGAAGUAAGAUACAUUGAAACUUUAAAGAGGCACCAUGAUUAUUUUGUCUGAUGAAAUUUGAUUAGUUACAUUGUUUUCAACUCCAGUGUACAUAAUUGGUAGCAACGGCACAUUUCUAUGACUUUUCAAAAUGGA